UAAAGGUUUAAACAAAAUUGUUGAUUAGAAGUAGUUUGUGAGAUCCACAGUUAUUGGACAGUUUGACGCUUGCCAUAAAACUGAAACGAAGAAAGGGCGUGAUUCAUGGUCAUGAAAAUUAUAUAACACAUUAAUUUUUUUUGCUACAUUUUACGAAUUCUCAACAUUUAUAUCCUCAGUAGAAUUCUCAAAAAUUAUAAUUGAAACAAUUACAAAGAAAAAUAAUUAAGAAUGAGUAUAGGAGAUUCAGCAGAAUUAGAAGGAAACCUGACGUUAAAUGACAGGUUAAAGGUUUUCAAAGGCUCUACGUUUAAUCCUGAAACUUAUGUUAUCUCCAAAUGCCAUACCAUAAACGAGAAGGAAAUAAGGCAUUUGUGUUCAUAUCUUGUGGAGCUGAAGAAAGCAUCUGCAGAAGAAAUGCGUAGGAGUGUUUACGCUAAUUAUGGUGCUUUUAUUCGGACAUCAAAAGAGAUUUUAGCUUUGGAAGGACAUCUGCUUUCCAUGAGGAAUCUGCUACAAACUCAGGCAGCUCUAGUUCAUCAUUUAGGAGAACGAGUUCGGAUAGAAUCGUUGUGGGCGAAUUCUGAAGACUCACUUGCAGAAGAGCUAGCUAACUUUGAGAACAGGCAAUUUUCAAAAACAGAAGAAGAUUGGUUAACAGAAUUUUUAGAAACUCUUGAUGUGUUAUUAGCUGAAAAAAGAGUGGAUGAAGCUAUGGUAGCCCUUGAUAAGGGAGAAAGUUUAGCCCUUGAUAAGAAGCACAGAUUGAGCCCAACUGCACUCCUUACAUUUCAGACUGCAAUUAAACAACAAAGACAAAAAUUAGCUGAUCAGCUUGCAGAAACCAUUAGCCAACCUUGUACGAGAGGAGUAGAGCUUCGGUCAUCUGUUUUAGCUUUGAAGAAACUCGGAGAUGGCCCUCGCGCCCAUACAUUGCUGCUCCAUUCUCAUACGCAGAAGUUACAGUCUGGGAGGAAGAUUCUAUGCUCGUCCAAUGCAACGGUAUAUACUGCUGCUAUGUCACAGCUUGUGUUCUCUACUAUAGCGCAAGCUGCGAGUGAUUCCUUGUCAGUUUUCGGAGAGGAGCCUGCAUAUUCAUCGGAGCUUGUAACUUGGGCUAUAAAACAGACUGAGAUUUUCAUUGCGCUUCUUAAAAGGCAUGUUUUAGCUUCAUCAGCAGUUUCAUGGGGGCUAAAAGUUGCUGCUGAGUGCAUUCACAUAUGUUUGGGUCAUUGUUCUUUGCUAGAAUCUCGCGGAUUGGCGCUUUCUCCUGUUUUAUUGAGACUUUUUAGGUCUAGUGUUGAGCAGGCAUUAAGUGCCAACUUAAAAAGAAUUGAACAGACUAGUGCAGCAUUAGCUGCUGCAGAUGACUGGUUACUUACUUAUCCACCUGUCGGCGGCCGUCUUCUAUCUUCUUCUUCAUCUCUUCAUAGUGUUGCAGCAUCACAACCAAAGCUUUCCAGCAGUGCAAACAGAUUUAAUACCAUGGUUCAGGAAUUUCUGGAAGAUGUAGUGCCGCUCGAGAUCCUGCAGCUGGAUGGUCCUGCAAUGGAAGGUGUUUUACAAGUGUUCACAGGCUACGUAAACUUGUUGAUACGCGCAUUACCAUGUUCGGUGGACAAUGAAGACAACUUGGAAGCUUGUGGAAGUAAAAUUGUGAGAAUGGCAGAGACUGAGAGCCAACAAAUAGCAUUGCUAGCAAAUGCAUCAUUGUUAGCAGAUGAAUUGCUCCCUCGGGCUGCCAUGAAGCUUUUGCCGAUGCCUAAUAGAGCAGAUGAAGUGCCAAGACGAGCUUCAGAGAGUCAAUCUCGGCUCCCAGAUCUUAGAGAAUGGAAGAAGAAACUUCAACGAUCAGUUGAUCGAUUACGGGAUAGCUUUUGCAGACAGCACGCUCUUGAUCUCAUAUUCAUGGAAGAUGGUGAAAUCCGUCUGCAUGCAAAUAUAUACUUAAGCAUGGAUGAUGAGGCAGAGGAGCCAGAAUGGUUCCCAUCCGCAAUCGCUCAGGAACUCUUCAUAAAAUUGACUCGAGUGGCGAGCUUAGCGACUGACAUGUUUGUAGGCAGAGAAAGGUUUGCAACAAUUCUAUUAAUGAGACUCAUAGAGACCGUGAUCCUCUGGCUUUCGGAUGAUCAAACUUUCUGGGAAGAAGUCGAGGGCGAAAAACCAUUAGGUCCUCUUGGCCUCCAACAGUUUUACUUGGAUAUGCAAUUUGUGUUGCUGUUUGCAUCGCAAGGGCGAUAUUUAUCAAGGAACUUACAUCAAGUAAUAAAGAACAUAAUAGCAAGAGCGAUCGAUGUGGUAGCCGUGACCGGAGUGGAUCCUAACAGUGUGCUGCCGGAGGAUGAAUGGUUUGCAGAAGUGGCUCAAAUAGCUAUCAAAAUGUUGACCGGAAAAGCCAACUUUGGAAAUAUAGACAGAGAUGUUAGCAGCCCAACUGCGGCUUCAGUGUUAUCACAUGGAAGUAAUUAGAGAUUUGUUUGAGUUGUAUACACUCCAUCAGAAUAUGAUGUGUUUUCUUAGCUAGCUUCCUCAUCAGGAUUGUUGUAUAUUCCAAGAGUUAUUAUAGUGAGAUUCUAGAGAAAAAUAAAACU